AGUAUUGGGCCUCAGCCCAGUAUAAGUAAGAAGAAGCUACGGUGACAUAAGAAGAAGAACUAGAUCCAGGAAGACAAAAAAGGAGGGAGAGAGAGACGUGUCACUCACUUGGGCCUUGGCUUCCUCCUCUCUUCCAAAUCGGCAAAUCGGAGGAAUUUGUGCUCUCUGGAUAGAUUAAAAAAAAAAAAACACUAAGAGAUUCCAUUACUUUCCCUCUGUUUCUUCCCUGUACAUUCACUCUAUCGAGGCCCUCCGAGCUUACUUUUAGAAGAUGGACAUCGAACAGAAGCAGGCGGAAAUAAUCGAUAUAUUCGUUAAACGAGCUUAUGUAUCCAAAGGCGAUGCUCUUGCAUCUAUCCUACUAGAAGCUACUUCGCAUCCUUGGCUUUUCGCCUUCUCCGAGAUUUUGGCUCUGCCUUGUGUUGCCGAGCUUAAAGGGACCACUAACUCUGUAUACCUCGAUGUACUACGGUUAUUCGCACAUGGCACAUGGAGUGAUUACAACAAAAUGCAACACUGGUUGUAUUUCCCAAUUGGUUCCUGUUCAAGUUCUUAAGCUGAAGCAGCUCACCGUCCUUUCUCUGGCGGAGGUAAACAAGAUAUCUCAAACAUACGUGAGCUCGAAGAUUUUCUUAUCAAUGAAUGCAUGCCAGGGUAUAGUUAGAGGAAAACUUGAUCAGUUGAAAAGAUGCUUUGAGGUUCAGUUUGCAGCUGGUAGAGAUCUAAGGCCUGGACAGCUUGGGAAUAUGAUUCACACACUGGAAAAUCUGUCGAGUACAUCAAAAGAUCUGCUGGUUUCAAUUCAAGAUAAGAUAAAAGGGGCUGACAAUAUGAGUGAAGUGGACAAUAGAAAUCGAAAGGAAGUAGAAGAGAGGGUGGAAGAAGUGAAAAAGUCAAUAUCCUUGAAGUUGCACACUGUGGGCAGGAAGAGAUAUUUGGUGAACCAAGUGGAGUGAUGGACUAUGAAGAGGACCGAAGCAGGCCCAAGAGGUUUUGAUGCCUGGAUUGCUGGAAGAAAAAAGAAAUUAAGAAUGAAGUAAAAAGGCUCUAUGAUUUGCAGAUGUCUUCUAUAGAAGAUGAAUUGUUGUAAUCAAUUAUUAAUAUAUAGGGAGGAGAAUCAGAUUGGUAGUAUUGUAGUAAAUGAGCCAAAAUAUGGACCAAAAAUAAUGAAAACAAAUGAAUUAUGAAAGGUGUUUUUGUAAUACAGACAGCUCAUAAUCUAAUCCGAGGGAAGGAAGAAGUGUAGCUGUUAGGUUAAUUAUGUUCCGCCGUUUAGCUGCCUGGGAAAUGGGCUCCAACGAACGCUGGCGUUUGUGACCGGCGUGAGUGACCCUCACGGGCUCAGCCUGGUCAAUGCCGAUAAGGUGAGGAAAGUUAAGCUUAGCCUUGGAGCCCCGCAUCUUGAAAGCUGCGCGGUCAUAUGCCACCGCGGCCUCCUCGGACGUCUCGUAGGUCCCCAACCACGUUCUGGCCCCGUUCUUGUUCGGAUCUCUGAUCUCGGCGGCGUAUUUCCCCCAUGGUCUUCUCCUCACUCCUUUGUAAUUUGCGCCUCUCCGUGGCGGCUCAGAAGAAGAAGAUGAUGAUGAUGAAUCUUCUUCAACUGGAGAUCUGGAAGCUCUGAGAUCAAAAUCGUCCUCCUCCAGCAGUUGAUGGCGAAUCCAGUCCAGAACUGUCGAGCCGUUAUCCCAUGGAGAAUAUAUAUAUAUAGAAAGGGGAAUGAAUGAUUGAAUCACACAGGCCUCUUCAUUUUUAAUAUUGGAGGACCAUGCAGUUGCUGGGAAGCACAGAAUCAGUCACGUUUUACUCAAUGUUCUUCUCUCUAUUUUAUUAUAAAAAGUAAAAAUAGGCAAAGGAAUCUUGAACCAAUCCCGUUUUCGUUCUUCUAACUCGUUGGUUUACACUUUACCCGCACGCAGCACGAAGGAGCUUAUUACUAGUAUUUUUUUUU